CCCUCUCGCCAUGAAUGAAAGCCUCAUCCUCAGGUAUGCCUUCUAACCUCCCUCAACAGUGCUCCACCGACCGUCAGCAGCAACAACUACUUCUACCGGAGCCGGCCGAGUCCCUCUCUGGCUCUUAUCCUCCCCGCGAAGGAAACCCAGAGCUCUAAUACCAAGUAACAACUUAAAGAAGAAGAAGAAGUGAUUUAAAAAAAAUAAAAUAAAAAUCUCCAGCCAUGGCGACUAUCGGGGAUUUCGAUCCACUCAACUCCAUCGUACCUGCGACCAAGAUUGAAGUGACCGUCUCCUGCAGAAACCUCCUGGACAUGGACACCUUCUCCAAGUCAGAUCCAGUGGUGGUGUUGUACUUGCAAGGCCUGGGCACCAAGGAGUGGAGAGAGUUUGGUCGGACAGAAGUGAUCGAUAACACGCUGAACCCCGACUUUGUGAGGAAGUUUGUCCUUGAUUUCUUCUUUGAAGAGAAGCAGAACCUGCGCUUUGAUGUGUACAACGUGGAUACCAGGAGCUCCAACCUCUCAAAACAUAAGGACUUCCUGGGUCAGAUGUUCUGUACGUUGGGGGAGAUAAUCGGCACGACUGGCAGCAGGCUGGAGAGGACGCUCUCUGGGAUUCCCGGGAAGAAAUGCGGAACCAUCAUCUUCACAGCCGAGGAGCUCAGUAACUGUCGGGACAUCGCCACCAUGCAGCUCUGUGCCAACAAGCUCGAUAAAAAGGAUUUCUUUGGCAAGUCUGACCCUUUCCUCGUCUUCUACCGGAGUAAUGAGGACGGGACGUUCACCAUCUGCCACAAGACCGAAGUAAUCAAGAACAACCUGAACCCUGUUUGGCAGCCGUUUACCAUCCCUGUCCGAGCGCUCUGUAAUGGGGACUAUGACAGGACGGUCAAGGUGGACGUUUUUGACUGGGACAGAGACGGGAGCCAUGACUUCAUCGGAGAGUUCACCACCAGCUACAGAGAACUGUCCAGAGGCCAAAGCCAGUUCAACGUCUACGAGGUGUUGAACCCUAAAAAGAAAGGCAAGAAGAAGAAAUAUGUCAACUCGGGGACGGUGACUCUCCUGUCCUUCAAAGUGGAGUCAGAAUACACGUUUGUCGACUUCAUCAGAGGAGGAACACAACUCAAUUUCACUGUGGCCAUAGACUUCACAGCAUCCAACGGUAACCCCUCUCAGCCCACCUCGCUGCACUACAUGAGUCCGUACCAGAUGAAUGCGUAUGCCAUGGCUCUGAAGGCCGUGGGAGAGAUCAUCCAGGACUACGACAGUGACAAACUCUUUCCAGCGUACGGCUUUGGAGCUAAACUUCCCCCAGACGGCAAAAUCUCCCACGCCUUCCCCCUGAACUCAAAUACAGAAAACCCAAACUGUGUCGGCAUCGAGGGCGUCCUGGAGUCUUACUUCCAGAGUCUGCGGACUGUUCAGCUGUACGGCCCAACCAACUUUGCUCCUGUCAUCAACCAGGUGGCUCGGUGCGCUGCAGAAGUGACGGACGGCUCCCAGUACUUUGUGCUGCUGAUGAUCACGGACGGCGUCAUCUCGGACAUGGCUCAGACCAAAGAGUCCGUGGUCAAUGCAGCCUCCCUGCCCAUGUCUAUCAUCAUAGUAGGAGUAGGCCCUGCUGAGUUCGAUGCUAUGGAGGAGCUGGAUGGGGAUGAGGUCAGAGUUUCCUCCAAAGGACGCUUUGCAGAGAGAGACAUCGUCCAGUUUGUUCCUUUCCGGGAUUACAUCGACCUCGGGAACCAGGUCCUGAGCAUGGCCCGGCUGGCUAAAGACGUCCUGGCGGAGAUCCCUGACCAGCUGCUGUCCUUCAUGAAAAGCCGAGGGAUUGAACCCCGACCCCCUCUUCCUGCCACCUCUGACUCCCCCUCAAUGUCCUCAACCACCACCACAACGACAACGCCUGCCUCAAAGUAGCGCAACAUGCACGACUGAAAUGAGGGCAGCCAGUGAAGAGGCUCUGUGUGUGUGUGUGUGUGUGUGUGUGUGUGUGUGUGUGUGUGUGUGUGUGUGUGUGUGUGUG